AUGCUCUCGCUUCACAUCCUCGUUUUGACGAUCGUACCGACCGCUUUUGCGGCUUCUGGAGGCUAUGUUCAACUUCCAGGCCCAGGCAAUGCAUCUUUCACAAUGUACACCGGAUGCUCUCAGCCAGCUUGUGGAGUCGCUGCCAAUGGGUUCACAGCCGCCAUAAGUCAACUCGCAUUCGGCUCCGCACCAGGCAUUGGCCCAGGCAUAUCAGACUUGUCUUGCGACGCAUGUGGCCGAUGCUUCUCCUUAACGGGCAAUCAUGAUCCCUUCUCCCCUUCUUAUACUGGACCUUUUGGCAAAACCAUCGUUGUUAAAGUCACCGAUAUGUGUCCGGUCGCAGGGAACCAGGAAUGGUGCGGACAAACCGCUACAAGCGCCAAUAAUCAACACGGAAUGCCCGUUCACUUCGAUAUCUGUCAAGACACUGGUGGGGCGGCCCAAUUUUUUCCCUCUGGUCAUGGUGCUCUCACAGGCACUUUCCAAGAAGUCAGCUGUAGUUCAUGGUCAGGAAGUGACGGGAGUCCACUCUGGAAUGGCGCAUGCAUAAGCGGAGAGAGUGCUCCGUUAUGGCCGAGCACAGGCUGCGGAAACCAGGGGCUCGCUCCUGGUGCAUCUGGUCAGCAAUCCAGCAUCAACCAGCUCCAAACCUACGACGGGAACGACGACGACCACGAGUACACAACCCAGCACUACUGGCUGUUCAGUUUCCAAGUGCGCGAAUCGCUUCGAUCAAUGCGGAGGAACGGGUUAUACUGGGCCCACAGUUUGCAUCUCACCGUACAAUUGCGUUGCUGUUUCACCGCCUUAUUACUCACAAUGUCUCUAAAAAUGAUUGAACAGCUGGAGCUUGAAAGCGAUACAUGUAGUCUAUUGUCUUUGUUUCUUUGA